GCAUCCAGUCGCACAAUAACACUGGCGGAGCGGGAGAGGCGCCUCCGGUCUCCGAGGGAAAGAAUCCACCGAGUUUAACACAAUCAACACUUAGCGAAAAUGACGGUUUGCAACUUUUUCCUCCAGGGUCGCUGUCGUUACGGCGAUAACUGUUGGAAUGAACACCCGAAGGGAGGAGGUAGAGGAGGAGGAGGAACUGGAGGAGGAGGAGGAGGAGGAGGAGGAUUCAACAACAACUACAGCCGCUCCUCUGGUCAGCAACAGCCCAGAGGAGGCGGUGGAGGUGGAGGGUUUGGGAACAGAGUUUGGGUGAAUCCUGACCAGCAAAAAGGAAGUUACAUCCAGCCUUCAUCCUUCUCGUCUCAAGGAGGCGACGACUGGGGCCGAGGAGGACGUGGAGGAGCGGACUGGGGCAAAGGAGGAGGAAGAGGCGGGGGGAAUGACUGGGGAGGAGGAGGAGGGGGGACUGACUGGGGCCAAGGAGGUGGAGGGAGAAGAGAUAAUGUGAAGAGCGCAGAAUUCAGCUUCUCUCAAAACAGAUUCUCUGCUCUCGAUAGUCCUACCACCUUUAACAGGGGAGGAGGAGGAGGAGGAGGAAACGCUGGUGAUGAAGAUGAUGACAAAAAACUGGAAGUCAUUCAGAUGGACAUGGAGAUCUGGGAGAACUCGCACCAGUGGUGCCUCUCGUGUUAUUCUAACUCCAAAGCACCUUUAUCUGGUUUCACCGAUCUCUCUCAAGAAGAGCUCAGGUUGGAGUAUUACUCCACAAGAGCCUCGGGGGAUCUGCAGAGCUACCUGAAUGGCGUCAAUCAGUUGCUCAACCAGUGGAGAAGCAGAGUCCAGGAACUGAAGGUUAUGAAUCCAGCCACACGCACUGCUUUGCUUGCAGAGUUAAACAACCCAGCGGCUCAGGCACCUUCAAGUGGCUUUGGUUCAUCGACAGCGACGGGAUUUGGAUCCUCAACAUCUGACUUUGGAGGCAAAGGCUUUGGGGCUCCAUCGCAGGCCGGCAGUUUAAGCUUUGCUGCCGCAGGUGGUGGAGUAGCUUCCUCGGCUGCACCAUCAGCCUCAGCGGGAUUCAGUAGUGCCAUAGCAGCUCAACCAACCUCAGGAUUUGGCUCUUCUUCUGCUCCGUCAGCUUCAACAUUCUCUUUCGCGGCUCCGAACACCGACAAACCGGCAGCCGCUUCAGGAUUUGGCUCCGCCUCUGGGUUCAGCUUCUCCUCCACAGCAAAUACUGGAGGAGCAUUCGGGAGCGGUUUUGGGACAGAAUCGUCCGCUGCAGCCGGAAGUGGCAGCGCUUUUGGACAAAUGAAUGGAGGGUUUGGGACAGCCGCUGCUCCACCUGCAGCAGGGGCCAGGCCUGCUGGCGCUGCGCCGGACAGUCUGUUUUCACCUGAGGGCAAUCUGACUCCAGAGGAACUGAAUGAGUUCAAGGCUAAAAGGUUCACGCUCGGUCAGAUUCCUUUGAAGCCUCCUCCAGUUGACAUGUUGGUUGUAUGAUAUGUGGGGAAUGUGUGUGUGUGUG